AUGUCCAGUAUGAGCAAUUCUGAAGUGACAAUCGAGUCAUACUCUACAUCACCCGUUGUAUCAUCAAGGACAUCAUCAACAUCAAGUUCUCAGAAUGACAAUUGGGUGCAUAUGGAAGGAGAGACGGCAUUGAGACGGUUACAAGGUCCUCUAGAAGAGUCAUUUGUACAGGAAAUAAAAGAGGAUAAAUUACGAGCUAUACAGCAUUUAAUUGAAAAAGAACAAGAAGAGGCAGUUUUGGGUGCGUUGGGGACCGAAAAUGAAUUGGUGAGAAAGGAUGUUGAUCAAACAAUCAAGAGUGAAAACGAGGAAGAGGGGGACGAGGAAGAAGAAGCGGAGGAGGAUAGAGUGGAUGCAUGGUGCCGAUAUUUACGAAUAGCGUCGCUGGAUAGUGCACCUACCACAUCACUACUAUCAAGUCCUGCAUGUGCCUCUGUCUCCACAUUUUCCCCAGAAUCACUAUUGGAGAAUCUUAAUAAUCUUGAUUUACCACAACACAAGGAUGAAGAUCAGGUGAAAUUAGAUAUUCAACGAUCAUUCACUAUCUUGAAUCACAUACAAUCGGUGGUGCAUAAUACCACAAUACAUUCAAUGUCAUCCUCAUCUUCAGUGACGUCAUCGGUUGAGAUCAGCGAACAAUUGGAAAAGGGUUCUUCUUUUGCAACCAUUUUGAGCACAUCAGAGGUGAACUCGUUGAAGAAGAUCUUGCUAAACUUGAUCAUUAAGGUAUUGAGGAAGUAUCCUAGUUUAAACUAUUAUCAAGGAUAUCAUGACAUUGCUAGUAUUGUGUUACUUGUGUGUUAUAAAGCAAAUCACAAUGAACUAAUUGAAGAAGAUAUUGAUCAAGACUUGGCGUUCAAAUUAUUGGAAAAAUUGACUAUUUUACAUUUGAGAGAUUUCAUGGUGACUGACAUAAACUUGUCUGUUGAUCAUUUGCGAUUAAUCCCAGCGAUAAUAGAAUCGGUUGAUCAACAGUUGUUUCAAUUGAUUAAACAAACAUCCACUUCGUACCAAAUGUUGAACGGCCACUUUGACUAUAAGUUUCUUCAACCAUUAUCAUCAAUCUUGACUUUUUAUUCUCAUGAUUUGACCAAUUUGAAUCAUAUUUUGCAUAUUUGGGAUCAGGUGUUGAAUCACAACACGGUGCUCAUAAAUGUCUAUAUCUAUGCCUCCUCGAUUAUAGUGUUGAAACCAAAAAUCUGGGAUGCAUUGAAGUUGGAUCCGGAGCAGAAAGAAUUCACCUCGGUUGAUUCUGAUUUAGUCCAUACACACCUUUCACCAACUCAAUUAUUUGAUGAAUUGACCGACUCCAAUUUGAAAAAGAUUCUUGAGAAGGCGAAUGAUAUUUUCGAAGCUCACCCUGUUGAAAAAUUAGUCAAUUCUGAUCAAACAUGGCACAAAUGGUUUGAACAAUACAACCAACAUUCAGUCCUACUAGCGACAUCUUCGCCUAAACAUAGUCUAAAUGAGAUUGAUGAACAGCACAACUCACUUUUCUUCAAUGAGAACAAAUUAACAGAACUAAUACAAACUCAAGACGACGAAAUACAUAAACAAGUUCUUGAUGAAUUGCAAGAACAACAACAAUUGAUGAAAAAACAAGAGGAGGAGGAAGAUCUAUUACACAAUUCACUCCUGUCAUCAUAUGAAGAUGAAUCAGACAUUGAAAGCUCGAAUUUGAACUCUCUUAGCUCAUCAUUGACAUUAAAUACGUCACAAUCAAUUCAUAAAUUUACAUCCUCACGGUUAUUCAAAUCGAUAUUCUCAUCACCUGAUGAAAUCAAUGACAAUGAUGAAGGUGAUAACAGUAAAUCCACGGUGAGCAGAUCUUGGACCUGGUUCAAAUGGAGCAACAUCUAUAGAAUAUCGAUAACUGUUGGUGUCAUUGGAGUCUUUAUUCAUUUAUUCAUUGUCAAAAACUAUGAUUACAAGUAUAUUCUAAAUGGUGAAGUCAUCAAUGAUGUGAAGGAUGGUUUACAGGUAAUUGGUUCUUUUUUUAGCAAGACGCUUUCGGGAACCACAUCCACGUCCAUGCCACUGAAGAAUAUCCUUCAAGUUGGCACAGGAACGUUACAACAUACAAUUUACCGAUUCGAAUAA